AGUUGUUUCAUACGUAGCAAUCAAACAAUACAACAUGUUCUCCAAGGUAGCAAUUUUCGCUCUGCUUGUCGCAGUAGCCCACAGCAGCGCCGUCCACGGUGGUGACUACAACAGCUUCUCCUAUGGAGUUUCUGACCCUCACACCGGUGAUGUAAAGAGCCAGCACGAAACCCGUGUCGGUGACAACGUGGUCGGCCAGUACUCUCUCUUGGAAUCCGACGGCACCCGCCGCACCGUCGACUACGCCGCUGACGCGCACUCCGGUUUCAACGCCGUCGUCCGCAAGGACCCGGCCGUCAUAGCCCACGCCGCUCCCGCUGUCUACUCCGCUCCCGCUGUCUACGCCGCUCGCUCUGUCUAUUCCGCUCCCAUCGCCACCUCCUACGCCGCUCCCGCUGUAGUCUCUUCUCCCUUGGCGUACGCUGCCCGCGUCGCUCCCGUAGCCUACGGCUCCUAUGCCUCUCCCCUCGCCUACAACGCAUACGCCGCUGCUCCUCUUGCCCACGGUUACGCCUACGGUGCUCACGGAGCUGUCGCUGCGCCUCUUGCCCACGGUUACGCCUACGGUGCCCACGGUCUCGGUUACGCUGGACGCCUCUACUAGUUUAAUUAACUCAACGACUGUGAUCUUAGCGAACAAUAAAUGCGUAAAAUUUAAUCCAGUUUGUAGAAU